AUGACACGGUUUCUUGUGAAAACAGCUUUUAGAAAUGGACCUAGGGUAGAAGCUGAUGUGAGGUUGGUGAAUGGUUUUGAUGCUUGCUCUGGAAGAGUGGAGCUUCUCCAUAAUGGAACGUGGGGAACAGUGUGUGAUGAUAAUUGGUAUGUACCAGUCGCUGCAUUGGUGUGUAAAGAACUUGGCUGUGGAGAUAUUAUAGACGAAAAGUCUUAUGGAUAUUUUGGGGAAGGUUCAGGACCAAUAUGGAUGGAUGAAAUAGAUUGUGUUGGCAAUGAAUCCUCACUGGUAGACUGUGGAUUUGCGGGGUGGGGAAUAACCAACUGUGAACAUGAUGAAGACGCUGGAGUCAUCUGUCAAGGAUUGGUUAGGUUGGUGAAUGGCAUGGACUCUUGUUCUGGACGAGUGGAGCUUCUUCAUGAUGGUCAGUGGGGAACUGUGUGUGAUAACGACUGGGAUAUUUUAGACGCUGCAGUGGUGUGUAGAGAGGUGGGUUGUGCAGAUGCUAUAGAGGCAAAGACUGGUGCUUAUUUUGGAGAAGGUUCGGGACAAAUAUGGAUGGACGCUGCACAAUGUUUUGGGAUUGAGUCCUCAGUGGAGAGCUGUAACUCAACAAAAUGGGGAAUACAGAGCUGUACCCACUCAAAAGAUGCUGGAGUCAUCUGUAACCCUCCUAUUAGGUUGAUCAAUGGCAGUGACUCGUGUUCUGGACGAGUGGAGGUUCUUCAUGACGGUCAGUGGGGAACAGUGUGUACAGAUUCCUGGGACUCUACUGAUGCUGCAGUGGCAUGUAAAGAGUUUGGAUGUCCAACCGGUGCUGAACUGACAAGAAAUUCAUACGGACCUGUUCUACUGUAUGAAACACACAAGUAG